UUUUUUACGAGAAUUUAAGUCAAAACAUAAGGUUUAACGAAUUCAUAUUAUUGCGUAAAUGGGGGAGAAAAGUCCAUUUUUACAGCUGUAGUGAUGUUGGAGCCCCACAAUAAACACACCGGUCGGCAAAAGUAUCGACCCCACCACAUCUUGACAAAGAGUGUAGGACUAGUCUUCACCAGGAUAAUAUAUGGGCCAUAAGGACUAAAGCCCAAUCUCAGCCCAUAAUCUUUAAGAAAGUCUCUAGCUGAGACAGAGGUCUCUGCAAGCGUCGACGAAAUGAUAACGGCGAUGGUGUCUCCCGGAGCCGAGCUGAAACCACACAAUGCUACGAUACAGUUGCUGCAUUUCAAAUCGCUCUUACGAGGCGAAACAACCUUCGUUCUAUAGGGCGCAGCGCCGUGUUUGCUCUGGUCGCAUCAUCACCCUUUGCAGUGGUGGUGGUGCCACUGCCGUCUCCUCUCCCCGCCUCCGUGAUCUCGUUUUCGUAGUGAACCCUCAAGGAGCUAAUGGUAGAACAGCUAAGGAAUGGAAGAAGUUGCUUCCUUACCUUCGAACUCGUCUUGGUGAAGACUGUAAUAUAUGUGAGUCCUUAACAUCUGGUCCUUCUCAUGCCAUUGACAUUACAAGAGAGGCUAUUAGGGAUGGUGCAGAUGCUGUCAUUGCGGUAGGAGGUGAUGGAACAUUGCAUGAGGUUGUGAAUGGCUUCUUUUGGGAAGGGAAACCUGUCUGUAAUCUCAAUAGCGAAGGUAGCCACUCGGCUGCACUUGGUCUGAUUCCGUUAGGUACUGGUUCGGAUUUUGCUAGAACAUUUGGUUGGAAGAAUGAUCCUUGUGAAGCGGUGGAGCGCAUUGCUAAAGGUAUGCCACUGAAUACAUUCCAGGAGUUAGGACUUAACAGCUCAUGUGUGAUUAUGUUCUCAUAUGAUAUGAUGAUACCACAUAAUCUGCAUUAUUCAGGGAUACGAUCACGGGUUGAUGUCGGUGUUAUCGACCAGGAAGGAAGGGAUUCGCAUUACUUCAUUAACGUUGCUGAUGUUCAUCUGAGUGCAAAGGCAGGCUUUUACGCUUCAAAGUACAAGAAAUUUGGAAGCUUGUGCUACGUAAUUGGUGCCCUCCAAGCUUUUAUGGGACAUCACAAUCGAGAUAUGAGAAUCAAGGUCAAUGGGGGUGAAUGGGAAGUAUAUCCUCAAGUCACCGCUCUCUGCGUUGGAAACGCUAAAUACUUUGGUGGAGGAAUGAAAAUCACUCCCAACGCUUCCCCUGGAAAUGGAAACCUUGAGGUUGUGGUUCUUCAGGACUUCAAGUGGUAUGACUUCAUACUGAAACUUCAUAAGCUAUACAAUGGGACGCAUCUCUCAGUUAACAAUGUGAGCUCAAGAAGUGUACAAAGUAUAGAAGUUGAGGAGGUUUCAGAGAGUGGAAGCAUCUAUGUUCAGUCAGAUGGAGAACAUCUUGGAUUUCUACCUAGAAAGUUUCAGGUUUUACCCGGUGCCAUCGACAUGAUCAGCUGAUUCACAACCGCACAUUGCCAAGAAAGUGUGGAAGAAGACUCGAAUCAUACAUUCAACUUCUUUUUUGUUCAGUCUGUAGAGAUGAUUCUUCUUAUUUAAAUGUUGGAUUCAUUGUUUAAACCAAUCAGAGUUCAACACAAAUAUCUUCUCUUUUCU